GCGGCGCGGGCGGAGGAUGCUCCGCUCCACCAAAGGCGCCUCCAAGGCGCGCCGGGACCAGAUCAACGCCCAGAUCCGCGCCCUGCGAGACCUCCUCCCGCUGCCCGAGGGCGACCGGCCGCGCCUCUCCUACCUGCACGUCAUGGCCCUCGCCUGCAUCUACACCCGCAAGGGAGCCUGUCUGCGGCCAGGCCCGACGCGGGGAGCGCCCAUGGAGCUGCUGGGGGGGCCGGAACUGGCCGACCUGGUGGCAUCGCUGCCCGGGUUCCUGCUGGCCGUGACCCGCGAGGGGAAGCUGGUGGGAGUCACCGACAACGUGGCCCAGCACCUGGGGCACUCCAUGGUGGACCUGGUGGCACAAGGGGACAGCAUCUACGACCUGCUGGACCCCGCCGACCACCCCCUGGUGCGACACCAGCUCACCCUGCCCGGGCCCCCCCAGGCAGAGCGCCUGUUCCGCUGCCGUUUCACCACCUCCCGCGCCUCGCGCCGGCCCAGCGCCGGCCGGAAGCUCGUCCUGCUCCGGGGCCGCUUCCAGGCUCCCCCCGGACCCCCCGGAGCCUCCCCGGGGCUCUUCGUCGCCUUCUGUGCCCCCCUGGACCCCCCGCCCUGGCCCUGCCCCGACUGCCUCCUCCUGCCCGCCUUCCAGAGCCGCCACGCCCGGGACCUCGCCCUGCUCGACGUCUCCGACAGUGUCCUGAUCCAUCUGGGAUACGGGCGGGGGGAGCUCCUGGGCCGCUCCUGGUACCGCCUCCUGCACCCCGAGGACCUCGGCCACGUCGCCCGCCAGCACCUGCGCCUCGCCGGCGCGGGGCCGGAGGCGCGGGGGGAGCUGGUGACGCGGCUGCAGCGCAAGGACGGGCUGGGCUGGACGUGGGUCUACACCCGCCUGCGCCCCGAGGGCCCGGCCCUGCUCGCCCACAACUUCAUCAUCAGCGAGGCCGAGGCCUGGUGUCUGCGGCAGCAACUGGCGGCCGAGGCCCCCCCGGGACCCCCCGAGCCCUUCGGCCCCGGCCUCGACUUCCCCGGUGCGGGCGGGGACCUCGGCACCGGGCCUGGCAUCGGAUCCGGCGUCGACCUCGGUGUUGGAUCCGGGCUCGGAGACGACGUCGGAGCGAACGUCGGCGUCGGCCUCGGCCUCGGGGUCAGUGUUGGGUGUGGCCUCGGAGCCGACGUCGGACACGGCCUCGGAGCUGCUCUUGGAGCCAACGUGGAUCCCGGGCUUGGAGCUGGUGUUGGGCCCAGUCUCGGAGCCAACAUGGGACCUGGGCUUGGAUCCACCAUUGGACACGGCCUCGGAGGCAACGCCGGGGCCAACGUUGACCCUGGGCUUGGGGCCGGUGUCGGAUCAGCCACCGGACACGGUCUUGGAGACGCUGUUGGACACAGUCUCAGCUCUGAUGUCAGCACCGGCGUCGACCUCGGCGUGGGAGCCGGCAUCAGAGUGGACGUCGGCCUCGGGGUCGCCGCCGGCGCCGACAUCGGCCCUGCCCUCGGGGCUGAUAUUGGAGCCGCCCUCGGAGCCGGUGCCGGAGAUGACGUCGGAACUGUGCUCCAAGCCACCAGCGCGGCAGAGGUCGGGCCCGGCAUCGGAGCCGGCGUCACGCUCAGCGUCGGGGCCAACAUCGGGCCCGGCCUUGGGGGCGGCGUCAGAGCCAGCGUCGGGCUCGGCAUCGGGACCGUUGGCCCCACCCUGCCCUCCGAUGUCGGUGCCGGCGUCGGACUCGCCGUCGGUGCCAGCGCCGGAGCCGGAGUCGGCGCCGGGGUUGGACUCAGCCUCGGCACCAACAUCGGAGCCAGCGCCAGCUCCGGGGUUGGACUCGGCCUUGGAGCUGCUCUUGGAGCCAACGUUGCCUCCACUCUUCCAUCCGGUGUUGGGCCUGGAGUUGGACUUGCCGUCGGAGCUGCCGUUGGAGCCAAUGUUGGCUCCGGUCUUGGAUCCGGUGUUGGACUUGCUGUUGGAGCUGGUGUUGGAUCCGGUCUUGGAUCCGGUGUUGGACUUGCUGUCGGAGCCGGCGUUGGGUCCGGUCUUGGAUCUGGUGUUGGACUUGCUGUUGGAGCCGGCGUUGGCUCCAAUCUUGGAUCCGGUGUUGGACUUGCCGUCGGAGCCAUUGGUGCUGCUCUUGGAUCCGAUCUGGACAUUGGACUUGGCGUCGGAGCCACCGUUGGUGCUACAAUCACAUCCGACGUCGGCCCUGCCGUCGGGCUCGGCCUCGGAGCCAACGUGGGUUCCACCAUCGGCUCCGCCCCCACAUCGGACGUCGGUGCCGGUGUCGGACUCACCGCUGGAGCCGCCGGCGGCUCCGGGCUCGGAUCUACCCUUGGAUUUGCCGUUGGAGCCGCACUCGGAGCCAACGUUUGCUCCGGGCUCGGACCCGACGUCGGUGCCGGCGUCGACUCUGCUCUUGGCGACGCCGGCAUCGGACUUGGAGCCAACAUUGAGUCCGGCGUCAGAUCCGCCAUCGGACUUGGCAUCGGAGCCAACGUCGGGUCCGGCGUCGGAUCCGCCCUCGGACUCGGUGCUGGAGCUGCCGUCGGAGCCUCCGCCCUCGGCCCCACCCUCGCCCUUGGCCCCAGCGUCGACCCGACCCUCGGACCCGGCCUCGGCCUCGGCGCCAACGUCGGUACCGCCCUGGGCACCGGCCUCACCCUCGGCGCCAACCUGGGCCCCGGCGUCCGCCUGGCGCCGGGCCUGGGGGUCCCCGAGACGCCCGGGGGGGCCGCCGAGACCUGGACCCCCCCCUACACCCCCCGGCAGGCCCCGCCCUUCGCCUUCGGGCCCCCGGAGCCCCCCGAGGCCGCGCCCGAGAAGCUGCCGCCGAGCCCCGAGAGCCCCGGGGGCGGCGGGGGGGGAGUCCCGGGGGGCCCCCCCCGGCUCCCUCCUCCUCACCCCCGAGACGUCGCCGCCGCCCCCCCCACCUGCGCCCCCCGGCCCGGCCCUGCGCCGGCUGCUCCAGGGCUUGGCCGCCGCCGCCGCCGUCAGCCGGGGGGGUCCCCGGCGCUCGGGGGGCACCCCCAGCCCCCGCCCGCCCCCCCCGCCCCGGUCGCCCCGCGACCCCUUCGCUGAGUUGUAUCAACUCCCCCAGAGCCGCCUCCAGGACGCCUUCCGCCAAGCCGGAAGCCAGCGCGCCCCGUCGUUCUGAACUAAGUCUGUGACGCGACUUGCCCCCAGUAUGGCAUAUUGUCAUUGUCACCCCGGCCCGGAGCCGCCGUCCCCCCCGGCCCCGGCCGUGCCCCCUCCCCCCGCCGCCCCCUCCCCGGGGCCUUUCGUGCUAAUUUAACUCGUAACGAGUCUCUAAGGUAAUUGGGGGGGGGCUGGUGGCCCCCCCCUCCCCAAAACCCGGACGCCUGGGGCCCGUCCCUCGUGUCCCCCGUCCCCGCCCCCCACUCCGGGACCCGUCCCCAAAUUUUGGGUCAGUGGGUGGCUUGGACCCACCUGUAGGAGCCUGUGGCCCCCCCUUGCCCCCCCUCCCACCCCGAGUGUCCCUGUCCCUCGUCACCCACCUUGUCCCUGUCACCCGCCCUGUCCUCGUCCCCCUCCUCGGGGUCUGCGUUUUUGGCAGAGUCCCCCCCAAAAAGUCUGUACCCCCCCCCAUGGGUGUUGUCCCCCAUGUCCCCAACCCAAGGGACCGAGGCACGAUGUGGCUUGAUGUCCCCGAUGUCCCCAAUGUCCCCAAUGACCCCGAUGACCCCAAAGACCCCGGGCCGAGUGAUGUCCCGAUGUCCCCACCGUCCCCAACUCACGGGGCUGAGGCACAAUGUGGCUCGGUGUCCCCAGUGUCCCCAACCCAGGGAGCGGGGACAGGCCAUGACCUGAUGUCCCCAGUGUCCCCAGUCUGGGGGACGUGGGCGCCGGUUACCCCGAAGCCACUGGGCUGGGACAGGUCAUGGCCUGAUGUCCCCGAUGUCCCCAGUGUCCCCAACACCCCCCAAGGGACCGUGAGACAUCACGGCCUGAUGUCCCCAACGUCCCCAACGUCCCCAACGUCCCCAACGUCCCCAACGUCCCCAACGUCCCCAAUGUCCCCAACGUCCCCACCCUGAGGGACUGAGACACAUCGUGGCUCAGUGUCCCCAAUGUCCCCGACACCCCCAGUGUCCCCGACACCCCCAGUGUCCCCAACCCCCCCGAUGUCCCCCACGUCCCCCCGCCAAGACAUCGAGAUCCGUCGUGGCGCGACAUCGCCGAGCCCGAGGGACGGAGCCUCGUCACCGCUCGACGUCCCCAAGGUCCCCAAGGGACACGGGCACCCGGCACCGCUCGAUGUCCCCAGCGUGUCCCCCGAAGGACGAGGACACCGCGUGAACGGACUGAGACCUGUCCCAGCCCAACGUCCCCAAUGCCCCCGAGGGACAGAGACAACCUGGGACCGAUGUCCCCACUGUCCCCAAGGGACGAGGGACCCGCUCAUCACCCCGGACUGAGAGACUGAGACACGGCGUGGGCUGGUGGCCCCGAUGCCCCUGAGGAUGUCCCCGAUGUCCCCGAGGAUGUCCCCGAUGUCCCCAACCCAGCGGACUGAGACCCGUCGUGGCCCAACGUCCCCGAUGUCACCGAUGUCCCCAAAGGAUGUGGGACAUUGUCAUCACCCCUGGCCGAAGGACUGAGACCCACCACGGCCUGAUGUCCCCGAUGUCCCCGACGUCCCCAAAGGAUGUGGGACUGGUCCAAGGACUGAGCCCCACCCCCCCAGCCCCGAUGUCCCCAACACUGUCCCCAAUGUCUCCAUGUCGCUGAUGUCCCCGAAGGACGCGGGACAUCGUCACCACCCGGACUCAAGGGACCGAGAGCCACCACGGCUCGAUGUCCCCCAGCGCCCCCGAUGUCCCCGACGUCCCCAAAGGACGCGGGACAUCGUCACCACCUGGACUCGAGGCACUGAGCCCCCCCCACGGCCCAGUGUCCCCAACGUCCCCACCACGAGGGACUGGCCCCCCCGUUGUCCCCAAGGUCCCCACCCGAGGGACAGACACGUGGUGGCCCGACAGCCCCCGUGUCCCCGAUGUCCCCGAUGUCCCCUGGAGGCCCCGUGGCCCCGACACCCCCGGCAAUAAAGUGGCCUCUGUGGUCCCUGUG